AUGCUCGAUUUCUGCCUCCAUCUCUUCUGUCCGAACCCUCGAAGAAAGCAAAGGAGGGAACGAUAUAUCAACCCCGCAUCUCUCGCUCUAUCUAAACCUCGUCGUCGCUAUCCUCUUCCCUCUCCAGUCUACCCUCUUCCUACUCUCAGAAUAUUCCCUUCUGAACAAAGUUGCCAACAACCUCGUCCCAUUAGUCCGGUCUAUUAUCCAGAACCGCAGUUGGAACCUGAACUUGAACCUGAGUUGUUAUUUCCUCAGAGAUUCCAUCGUAUUCCUUUUGGUCCGAUUUUAACGCGUGAAUUAGAGCCAGAGCUGGAGCCUAUUCAACAUUUUUAUCUUGUGGAGCCUGAGCCAGAGCCAGAAAUAUAUUUUUCUGUUCCUCUUCCUCUUGCUCUUCCUCGUCCGAGUCGUAGAUCGCCACCGAGGCAUCAUAUACAUCUUUUGCAACCCCUUCCACAACUUCCACCUCCGUAUAUUCCCUCGCCUCCUCCUUCUCCCCCAAAUCAUCAUAUUCACGUCUUACCUCCUGCCGUUCUUCUUCCUCCUCCAUCAAGAACCCCGUCUCCGCCACAUACUCAUAUCCACCUGCUCGCGCCCGCUCCUCCUGUUCGCCCUAUAACUCCCCCUCAUCAACAUCAAGCACUCGCCUUAAUCCCCUUGCCCAAAAAUAGAGAUAACAAUAGAAGGAACAUGAAUUUUCCUCAUCAUUAUAAUGCUCAUGCUCCCCAUCAUCACCAUAACCACAACCACAACCAAAACCAAAAUCAUCGCCACCGCUCUCCUUCUUCCUCUCGCUCUCCAUCCCCUCUCUCUCACCCCCACCACGUUGCUCAAAACCGCCUUAAUAAUAGCGCAGGCAUAGGAGUAGGAGCUAAUCCAAAUAAUCCAAACCACCAGACCAGCCCAGCCAACUCAAACAACAUAACGAAUCCAGCUAACCCAGCCAAUACCCCCCUCGCAGACCUCAUCCGCGAUGUCCUACAACGCUAUCUCCAAAUCAAUUUGCCCCCGGGAACUGCAAUGAGUAUAGCGAGGUUAAUGGCUCAGAGUCGUGAUGGUGUGGAUGGGAAUGCGAAUGCGAAUGCGAAUGCGAAUGCGAAUGCCAAUGCAAAUUCUAAUUGGAGUAAUAGUAACAUGGGUAUGCAGGGAAGUGGGGGACAUGUAUCGGGUUCAGAGAUGAGGGAUCGCAGGAGAGGGGGAAGGGGUGGGAAUGGAGGGGGUGGAAAUGGAAAUGGGAAUGGAAAUGGGAGAAAUAGAUCGGGAGUGUUAAGUUCGGAUUCUAAUAUGGGUUCCGAUACCGAUACUGAUUCGGAUUCGGAUUCUGGUGAUACUCAGAUGAGGAGGAAUGGGAAUGGGAUAAUGGAUAGGGGUAGAAAUGAGAAGAUUAGACGAAUAAACCUCUGCGCCCAACUCGCCAACGGCAUGAUAAGGCAAUCCAUGCUAAACGCUGAGAUUCACCCAAAACUGAAUGUCGAAGGAAGAUACCCACGGGGAUUUAAACGUCCUAUGAAGAUUAGGGAGUUUUUGGGGAUGAAUGCAAGAUCCCUCAAUAGCCUCCUUUCCGCCUAUAAUCUCCCUAUACCUCUCGUACCCUCUACACGAAAUUCGCAUGCACAUGCAGCUAUGGUGCAUUAUUCGACUGUUGAUCCGGUUGCACUGGCGGUUUUAAGUUCGGUUGAUCCGGGGAUUGCUGCAACCGCCAUUCUCGAAAUCCUCUUUGAGUUUCUCGCCGUAGGCACCUUAAUACCCCCUUCCGCUUCUCCUUCCACUCCACCAAAUCCCAACACAACCCUCCAAUCCGCAGCCUUAAUCUCGAGUAUCAACAACACCAAUAACAAUACCAACACCAACACCAGCAACACUAGUAAUGGCAACAACCAUGCAUCUCCCAGAAAUGGUACUCGCACCAGAUAUCCCCUUCAAAACCCAUCUCCGCAUCCAGCUCCCCCUCCAAAUUCGCUUCAUAAUGCCAUUCCCAAUCCAAAUCCAGCUCGCAACCCAAACGCACACACACACAUGCAAAAUUCCAAUCCAAUUCCAAACCCAGCCCCGGUUCCAAAUCGAUUGAACAAUAAUAAUAUUGGGCUUGCGCGGCCUACUGGUAGUCAUGCUGGUAGUCAUACUGGUAGUCAUCAUCAUGGCAGUCAUCAUCAUCAGACUGGGGAUGGGAAUGGGAAUGGGAAUGCAGGAGGAAGAUUAUUACGAGGCUAG